AUGUUCGCGCCGGAAAGGAAUCCAAGUGACUGCGCAUCAAUAGUGGUGCCUUGCCUGAUCGAGUUGUGCAAGGAUGCGGAAUCUGGCACACGAGAAGCUGCAUUGAAUACCAUUGCCCAGUGCAUACCAUUUCUUUCAAAAGAUAAUCGAAAAAAUUCGAUUCUUCCGCUUCUUAAAAAAUGUGCCGAACAAGCGAUUGUGGCACAAGACGAAACGCUUGGCGUAGUUGCUCGAAAUCUUGGCCAGUGGUUGUUUUCUCUAAAGGAUGUACUGACAGCGAAGGAGAGCGCCUGGUUCCUGGAGAUCUAUGUACGUAUCGCUAGCUUAGGGCGAGCAUUCUUGACAUCAGAUGGCGCCUCGUCCAACAUUCAGAUCGCCACGCGGCGCAUGUCUGCUUACAAUUUCCCAUGCAUAGUGUUGGCGUAUGGCGAAGAUUGCUUUAAAGAUCGUUUGUUACCGAUUUUGGAAGGGUUUUGUUCGGAUCCAGAUGAUGAUGUUCGAUCUGCAACUGCCGCUGGCUUCCAUGAGAUAGUGAAGUUGCUGCCGAAUGAACCGUCGCUGAUUGCGCCGUUUACUGAGCUGAUACGCGGAAGUAGCGCUGAGGUUGUUGGGCACUUGAUGAACGGACUGGAUCGUAUCCUUCCAGCUCUUUAUAGCUGUGUUUCUGGACAAAAUAAUUCUGUAAGAAAAUAG